UUUCUCACUUUCGUCAUUCCCAUCCACAUCUCAUCAUGGUUCUCGGACGACUGGCUCAUUAUGGAUUCGACCUGUUGGCGGUCUCGACGAUCGUAGCAGGAAUCAAGAAGACUACCGGUUUCGCCCCGCAGACCGCCUUGAUCUCCGAUGAUACCGCUCGAUCGGUCGCCGACUCGUACCUGGGAAUCGGAGAGACGAUAUUCGCCAGCCUGAGCGGGAUCGCUGUGAACAGCCAAUACUGGGGACGGGACCCCAACCCCAAGCGAUGAGCUCCCGGCAGCUUCUUGCUUGACGGCAGGGAACAAGGAAGUGAAAGGAUCUAGAUGAAGAAUGGACCAUGUUGAGGAGCAUAUUAGAGAAGUGGGCGGAAGCAAGGGAUGCUCAAAAGCGGACGAUCCAGCCAGCUUCCAGUAGCUGUUUCAUCUCGUGAGUUCCCCUGAGCAGUUGUGUCGACGUGAUCGUGCAUUGAUUCUUCGAGCGUUGAUCGCAUCAGGAAAAUGUUAUAUAACGAUAUGACAAUCAUAUACACCGAACAACGAUUGUGCAGCCGCAUGCAGAAAAUACGAUACAUUGCGAUACCCCAGAUUCAAC